AUGUCAACUAUCACUUUAACAAGAGAAUCCCACAAAAACCCAGCAAAGUUUAGAAUUAAACACCAAGACGAAUUGGACAUUUUGGGUCCAAAUCGUAAGGACCGUUUUGCYAUCAAUGAAGACUUGCCAACCAUUACUACUACUUCAAAAAUCGCCAUUAUUGGUGCUGGAUUUGGAGGUAUGGCCGGUGCCAUCAAAACUAUGAACAAGUAUGAUGAACACGAUAUUCAGAUCUUUGAAAGACAUGACAACUUUGGUGGUACUUGGUAUGCCAACACUUACCCAGGAUGUGCCAGUGAUAUUCCUGCUUUUUGGUAUUCAUUCUCAUUUGCGUUGACGUCUAACUGGAGUAGAAUUCAACCACCACAAUAUGAAAUGGAAGAAUACCUUUUGAGAAUUGCUGAACAGUAUAAAUUGAAAGAAAAAACAAGAUUCCAAACUGAAAUCAAYAAGUUUGAGUGGGAUGAUGUGAAUGGUGAGUGGACCUUGUAUGCACAYGAUGUUAAAACUGGUCAAAGAAUCCUUCACAAAAGUAAGCUUUUACUUGCCUGUCAAGGUGGKUUAGUUCAYCCUWUKCAAUUACAAGCCGAAGGAUUGGAAAACUUCAAAGGGGCAUACAUGCAUUCAGCUCUUUGGGACCAUUCUGUUGAYUUYAAAGGKAAAAAAGUCAUUGUGAUUGGUAAUGGGUGUAGUGCUAAUCAAACUGUUCCUGCUUUGCUUAAUGAUCCCAAAUAUAGUGUUGGUUCAUUGACACAAAUAGUGAGAUCACAGCAUUACAUUUUGAAACCCCUCCCUAGAAUACUUUACAUACUUUACCGUUUAUUGUCAUUCAACUUUAUUGCAUUAUACUUUGUUCGUUUAAUUGUUGUUUUUGGUGCUGAAAUGAGGGUACCAUUGUUCAAAGGUGAWGGUAUUAUUUCCAACUAUGUCCGUAAAGUUACCACUGAAGCAUCCGUUCUGUACAUAAAAGAAGUUGCUCCAGAAAAAUACCAUGACAAACUUAUCCCAGAUUACAAGAUUGGUUGCAAAAGAUUGAUUUUUGAUUACAGCUAUGUUCCUUCUUUGAAUGAUCCUAGAAUUGACAUCAAAACAGAAGGAGUUGCUAGAGUUGUUGAAGAUGGUGUUAUAUUGGAAAGUGGUGAACACAUUGAAGCUGACAUUAUUGUUGCUUGUACUGGUUACAAUUUUACUAAAAGUUAUUUCAAUUUCGAGAUUCUUGGUCGUAACGGAACUAGCAUUACCCAACUUUGGAAAGAUGAAGGUCCAACUGCUUACAGAACUCUUCUUGUUAAACAAGCUCCUAAUCUUUGGACAAUUGGAGGUUGUAAUUCAGCUACAGGUCAUGCAUCAGUUGUUAUGGCACUUGAGAAUGGUAUUGAUUAUUUCCUCAAGACUGCCAAACCGGUCAUUGAAGGAAAAUCUAAAUCAGUUAGAGUUACUGACGGUGCUUAUGACAAUUGGUUCACAACUAUUCAAAGUGAGUUGAGAAAAUCUGUUUUUGGUAGUCCAUUUGGUGGCUGUGUCUCCUGGUAUACUGUUUCUAAAGUCAAUUCAACUGUUUAUCCUUGGAGUCAACUUAACUACUGGUGGAAAACUCAUUUCCCAAACUACAGUGAUUUGAUCUAUGAACCAUUUGCUGAAAAUAAGAAAAGAAGAUAA